AGAAGCAUGAGUUUAUUGGAUAUUUCAGAUUGGCUUAUACUCAUAUGCUGAGAGCUGUCUUGAUUUGCUUUUCAGAUAGAUACUAUUGAUACUAGAUCAUCAUGGCAUUAAACCACAGUGUAUCACCUCAAGAUGACUACAUUCCACACUAUCUCCGGGAUGGAGACCCUUUUGCAUCCAAACUCUCCUGGGAAGCUGACUUAGUAGCUGGUUUCUACUUAACCAUAAUUGGUGUGUUAUCCACCUUGGGAAAUGGCUAUGUGAUUUAUAUGUCUUCAAAGAGGAAGAAGAAGCUGAGACCUGCUGAAAUAAUGACAGUUAAUUUAGCAGUCUGUGAUCUGGGGAUUUCAGUUGUAGGCAAGCCUUUCACAAUCAUUUCUUGCUUCUCUCACCGCUGGGUGUUUGGCUGGGUUGGCUGCCGCUGGUACGGAUGGGCCGGUUUUUUCUUUGGCUGUGGGAGCCUUAUCACCAUGACUGCUGUCAGCCUGGACAGAUACUUGAAAAUCUGCCACUUGUCUUACGGGACUUGGCUGAAGAGACACCAUGCCUACAUCUGUCUGGUAAUCAUCUGGGCCUAUGCGACCUUCUGGGCAACCAUGCCCUUGGCAGGUCUGGGGAACUAUGCCCCUGAGCCCUUUGGAACAUCCUGCACACUUGACUGGUGGCUAGCUCAGGCCUCUGUGACGGGACAAACUUUCAUCCUGAACAUCCUCUUCUUCUGUCUCUUACUCCCAACUGCUGUGAUUGUGUUCUCCUAUGUGAAGAUCAUUGCUAAGGUCAAGUCCUCUACCAAAGAAGUGGCCCAUUUUGACAGCCGGAUCCAGAGCAGUCAUGUGCUGGAAAUGAAACUGACUAAGGUGGCAAUGUUGAUCUGUGCAGGGUUCCUUAUUGCCUGGAUCCCCUAUGCUGUGGUGUCAGUGUGGUCAGCUUUUGGACAGCCUGAUUCCAUCCCAGUUCAGUUUUCAGUGGUGCCAACCUUGCUUGCAAAGUCAGCAGCUAUGUACAACCCGAUUAUUUACCAGGUCAUUGACUGCAAAUUUGCCUGUUGCCAAUCUGGUGGGCAGAAAGCAGCCAAGAAGGAAUCUUUGAGGACUUACAGGAGGCAUACUGUGGCUACCAUUAGGAAAUCAUCAGCGGUGUCUGAAACCCAUCAAGAGGUAUGAAGAUGGAUGUACACACAACAUGAAAAAGUAUCCCUAUGGACAUUCAUUUACUUCUUUGAUCCAUUAUCACAAAUAUUUUCAGUUGUGAACAGAUUUUUCUUUGUCUUUAAGUAUUUCUUUUUUAUCUCAUGUUCUGCAUAAGAACACAAGUUCUUAUAUAGCUCAGUGGUUCCUCAAAUCGUAGGGUGCUGGUAUGCUUCAAUGGAGUAUGGUGAUAAGAAUCAUGGAACUUUGUGAUGGGUUAUAAUUUUAGGACAAUCACUUACUGUCUUGGCCUUUUUCUUUAUAUUUCCUUUCCCUCACACUUUAAGAUCAAAGGGUGGUAGGAUCUAAAACUUGAAGGGAUGUUAGAGGCUAGUUCAAUGCUCAUUGCUGAUAUACAGCUUUUCCAUGAGAAAGUUGUGCCCUAAAACUUCUUUAGGUAGCCUCAACCACUGAGAAUCACAUUUUUGUGAUACCAUGGAGGGACCCAGUCCUCACAGAUCUCUUCUUUUUGCAUUUCCCAAACAUGGGUAAAUAUCAAUGUUCCCAGAUUCCCCCCUCCCUGAUUCUCAGGAGAAUCUCAAUUAAUAAGCUUAGUUUAAGUUGUACUAUUUUAAAGAAAAUAUCAAUUACAUAGUAUUAGGCCACAGGGGAUCUAGGUUAGACUCAUAUUUACAGUUUUUGGUAUCUUAUUUAUUUAUGUAGUGGGAGGUAAGAAAGUGCCUAUGGGAUGAAAUAUUUGGAGCAUUCAUCUUUGCAUUCUCUACAUACUUUUAAAAUCCAUUAAAAGCUAAUACUUUAUUCAUGCCAAUAGGGAGGACUAUAGUCAAGUGGCAAUUAUUCUUUAAAGCAUUCAGUAGUUCUCAAGGAAAAUGAGUUCUGUCUUAACUUUGCCAUUGGAGACUUUUUCAUCCCAGAAUCUGAUGACAAGGACAAUCCUUACUGAAGUUAUUUUCAAUCUAGUGGAUUUUUCUCAUUAAAUCCUACCUGCCAUCAUUGUAGGUAUUAUUGUCCUCCCUGUCUUUCUCUCUGCCUAACUAUCACUCUGUUUUUCUUUGUCUCUGUCUCUGUUUCCUCUUCUUAUUUUGAAAUGAAAACAACAGGUAACACAAGCUGUACCUUGGGUUAGAUGAACAAAAUAAACAUUGUAAUUAUUAGGAUCAAUUAC